AUGACGACCUGGCUUCAACGUCAACGCAAACAGACGCUGUUGGAUUUGUCGGAUGAGGCCGGGUUGCGGCAAGACACGGACUCGCGCAAAGAACAGAUCGUCGACGCGCUAGACGCGUACCUGCAACGGAACGCGACACAGCUUGGCAGCAACGCCUCAUUCGACGCAUAUUACAGGAUGAUGAGGCGGACACCAUUUAAAGGACGAUCGAGCAGUGCAGUCGCUCAUCCUAUACCCAUUACUAUACCGCUAGAUGAGAACGAGUUCGAGGUCAAGAGUGUAGUCAAGGGUAGAGGGAGGAGGACGACGAAGGUGAAGCAGGAGUUUGACAGCGAAGGAGCCGCUCCUUCCUCCCCAGCAGCGAUAGCUUCAAGCUCAACCGCACUUGCCCCAAUAACAUCAACAACGACAACAACAACAACAACAGACCUCACCUCCUCCACCCGAGCACCCGCGAAACGCACACCCGGCCGCCCCCUACGCCCCUCCUCAACCCAACGCCUCCCCGUCCCCGCCUCGCCCGCCGACGUGGCCAACCUAGCCGAAUACGAAACAACCCAACUCUACGCCGGCCUGAACGACCUCUACAGCGUCUCCGGCGUCCCCGAAACAAUCGACUACAUCCGGGAAACCUGCUCCUCGGUAAGCGGAAUCCAAACCUCCAUCCAACUCCUCGAAGCGCUAUGCCUGCAACGGGCAGUCCUACCCUGGCUGUACUUGACCGAACUAAAUAGCACUAUCCGACGUCUGGGCCUAGGCGGGCCGGUGGUAAAGUUAUACUACCCGGACCUCUUCGCCCUCUUAUCCUCAACAUUCUGGGCUCCGACAUUAAUCUACGCCACUACAGCCAUCUUCCUCCCGAGCUUGUUUGCCUACUUCUUCAACCUCACCCUUCGCGACAUCAAACGUCAUGGUGCCAGGGUAACCGUAGCGAGAUACACGCUCGAUCCUUUGACGUUUAAUAUUGUGAAAGCGGUGCUUACAUAUGUCGUUUAUGCGCGAGGGGUUGGCGGGCAGAUAGUGGGAGAGGGCAAUGUGGGGGUGGUGGAGAAUGCCAUGGUAGGUGGGUACCAAGGGAUGCUAGUGGGGAAUUUUGUUGUUAUGAUUGCGAGUUUGUAUGAGGCGGCGCAGGGGAAGGUGUGA